AUGACUGCCUCACCAAACAUUCUAGUGAUCGGGGCGGGUGAAUUGGGAUUCCAAGUACUUCGAUUCCUAGUUGCACAUCCCCGCCAAACUGGCACGGUGGCCGUCUUACUGCGUCCAGGCAGCAUCAAUUCCUCCAGCCCCGCCAAACAGAAAGAGAUCGAGACUCUGCGUAAGCUGAGUCUCAAAUUAGUCCAGGGCGACAUUGUCGAAGACUCGGAACAAUCUCUCGUUUCAGUAUUCGCGGACUAUGGUACGAUCAUUAGCUGCACUGGGUUCGUGUCUGGACGGGGCGUUCAAUUGAAGGUCGCUCGGGCAGUAUUGGCAGCAAAUGUCCCGCGCUUUGUUCCCUGGCAAUUCGGGGUGGAUUAUGAUGUUAUUGGACGCGGAUCACCGCAAGAUCUGUUUGAUGAGCAACUGGAUGUUCGAGAUCUUCUCCGGUCGCAAAGACAGACCCGCUGGGCGAUCAUCUCCACGGGCAUGUUUACGAGCUUCUUGUUCGAGCCAUCUUUUGGUGUGGUUGACAUAGCGAAUGCAGUUGUUUAUGCACUGGGCAGCUUGGAGAAUCAGGUCACUGUCACCACGGCGGAGGAUAUUGGGAGGAUCACGGCGGAAAUUGUUUUGGGUGAAGAGAGCGACGCGCUUUUUGCCGAUCGGCCGAUAUUCGUCGGAGGAGAUACUGUGAGCUAUGAGGACGUGGCUCGCAUUGUGGAGUUGUUGGUGCAAAAGCCAGUAAAGCGAAAUGUCUUGUCUGUUGGUAAUGCACUAGCUGCCCUUGAAAAAGACCCGGAUAAUUGGUUACUUAAAUAUCAAGCAGUCUUUGGGCAGGGACGCGGUGUGGCGUGGGAUAUGGACCAGACGUGGAAUCGGCAGCGUGGAAUGCUCACUACAAGAGCCGAGGAAUGGGCUAGGGCAAACUUGCUGUGA